CUUUCUCUGCUCGCUCUCCUCUUCCUCUUGGAAAGACACUGUCGCGCAAGGACGUCUUUUGUGAUCCAUACCCUGGUUCCGCCACCGAGAUGCUGCUUCGAAAAAUGCUCUCGGGCAACAAUCAUCAAGCCAGAUCUAAGUUGCUGGCAAUGACAUCCAUACGUUCUAUUCUGUAACAUACACCAUCAAUCGUAAUCAUCCAUAGAGCCUCUUUAUCAGGAGUACAGUCAAUCCAAAUCACAACAUGGAGUACCCUUCUCUCAACAUGACUGACGAUACACACCUCAUCAACGCCAAGACGCCCAUAUGCUACGUUUUGAUCGGCCUGCCUCGUUACUUGGACAAGGACGGCGUCGGCACAGACCUGUCGCAGAAGAGAAAGCUAUGCGGACUCGGUCCGAACCGUGAGCACGAAUGGCUAGGCGUCGUCGAGGUGCAGAUGCCACACAGAAACACCAUGCAAGCGUCACGACAACGGAUGUUGCUUCAGACCUUCCGAUCCCCCGAACUGUUAGAGGCCCGCCUAGCCAGACCCGUUGUCGCGGAUACCCCAAUAGAUGAGAAUUUCGCAAUGACAGACUUGGACAAAGAACAACGCGACCGCGACAGAGUUGCAUCAGGCGGGACGCAGCACUUGCGGGGGUGGGGAGUGCUCGAACAAUUUGAGAAAACUCUCGUUUGCUACAGAUGCGGGGAACAGCCUGGCAAUUGGGCGGAUUUUCUUGAUGAGGGGACGUUGGUGACUGCGUAUGAAGGCAAUGAGUACACUUUUAUUCCGGAGCUGCCUGUUUCAGCGAAAGGGAAUCAGUUCAAGAGAGACGGGCCCAGCCCCGUUGACCUCUUGGCUGAGGAGGUAGUUGACUUGGAGAUUCGACAUCACAUGUUUUUGUUGUACGGAUAUCUGAUGCCCGAGACGCAGGUGCGGAAGUAUACUGUUCAGAAAUCAGGGGGAAGGGACCCAAAGAUGGCGAGGGGCUGUUAAGGGAGUUAUGAGAGCUCGUCGGGAUAAUUUUAAGCGUGACGAUGCACUGAGCUUUUUGUGGGUAGUACCUGGGUUCGUCAUGAAUUCACGCACGCGAAUAUAAUACUACGCAGGUUUUACUCUUG